AUGGAAUCUUGGCUUUUGGAUGUCGAACGUGUCAGAAUACCAAGACCAAAAAUUGGCUGUGGAAAAAGUGCCUUGGUUUCUGGCAAAAUGAGGUUGCAAUCAGGAAGGCGACCUCAAGAACCUCCAAAGGACUACCAUGAAGGUGCCGUGGCACAACUGAGCUCACGAGUAGGCCAAGAUAUGGAAGACCUGAGAAGAUCUUUGGAGGAGAAACUUUGAAAAUGUGAAAGAGAAUCUUUGAUAUUGGUGUCUGAUUGCAUGAAUGAUGGAUGAGAGUAUUUAGUUAUAAGAAAUAUAUUAUUAGCUCAUAAAAUAAAAGUUUAUCCCACAAUCA